AUGGGUCUCGCAUGGAAUGCGACCCGCGAGCUCGCAAAAGUUCGCAAGCUUCUUGCAUCGCAAACAGAGCCAGAGUACACCUUCCUCUCAGGCGGCCACGCCAACGUCCCGGAUUACGGCCUCGUUUACAACCACACCUACUGUAACGGGUUGAAGGACCCAGAAGGGGCCAAGCAGCGCGGUUGCGUUUUCGACCCGACCGCAGGCGGCUGGAUUCACCACCUCUGUCUCGACGCAGAGCUGCGGGACUGGUGGUUCAGCAUGUCUGACUUUGUGUGGUAUGAGGACUUCAACCGCACGAAGCCAAUCUCGCAGGAACAGUUCUAG